AUGGAGUGGCAACCUCAGGAUGAGCCAUUGAGGCAGCUAGCUUGCUGUCUCAGGGACUCUUUAAAUGCUUAUGACCGCAACGCUCAAAAACAGGCCGAACAGGUGUUACAAGCGACUUCCUCCCCCGAUUAUGUUAACUACAUCACUUAUCUGUUCAGCACACCGCAGUCCCCCCAGCCGGUGGGGUUUGACGAGAGCACUUAUGACAUGGUCCGCUUUGCUGCUGCGAUGAACCUGAAGACAAAGAUCCGCGUAGCAUACAAUACGAUCCCUCAACCUUGUCUCUCAUAUAUCCGAUCGGUCACCCUGAGUGGACUCCGAGACAGAAACUUUCAGGUGCGGAGCUCGGCCGGUAGCAUCAUCACAGAAUUGGUUCAACAGGCGGGCUUGUUGGCAUGGCCCGAAGUGCUGAAUGAGCUCUUGUCCCUUGUGAGUAAUGCAUCAGGGGAUGCUCCAGUCGUGGCACAGGAGGCCGCUAUGUCCGCCCUCGCGAAGGUGUGCGAGGACAACCGCAAGAUCCUCGAACGUGACUACCAGGGGCAGUGCCCUCUUAAUGUUAUUAUUCCUAAGCUGCUAGAGUUCACUUCUAGUCAGAGUGCCAAGGUCCGGUCUAUGGCGCUGGGUACCAUCCAUAUCUUCCUUCCUCACAGACCUCAGGCCUUGGUCGCUUCGAUGGACCUGUUCUUGUCGCAGCUGUUCCAACUUGCCAACGAUAAUAGCACGGAUGUGCGGCGAACAGUUUGCCAGACAUUCGCACAGUUGGUGGACUUUGCUCCCGAGAAACUUAUCCCGCACAUGGAAGGGUUAGUGAAUUACAUCAUUAUGCAGCAACACAAUCAAGAAGAUCCAGAGCUGGCUCUCGAUGCUGCAGAGUUUUGGCUUGUUGCAGGCGAACAGGCGAAGUUGCAACAACCAUUGGCUCCUCAUAUGCCUAAGAUCGUUCCCGUGCUGCUUCAGAGCAUGGUCUACGAUGAGGAUGACGCCAUCCGCCUGGCAGCUGAGGGUGACGAUGCCGAGCUGGAAGACCGUGCGGAAGACCUCAAGCCGCAAUUUGCCAAGUCGAAAGGCUCUCGGUUAGACUCUUCAAAGCCUGAGGAGCAGUCUAACGGCAACGCUGCUGCUGAGGAACAAGACGAAGACGAUUUGAGCGAAGGUGAGAUUGAGGACUCGGAAUUCGGAGAUGACCCCGAGGACGAGUGGACUCUGCGGAAAUGCUCCGCCGCCGCAUUGGACGUCUUCUCGAACGUCUAUCACCAGCCGAUUUUCGAGAUCAUUCUGCCAUACUUGAAGGAGACCCUGCGCCACGACCAAUGGCCACAGCGGGAAGCUGCUGUUUUGACCUUGGGCGCUGUUGCAGAUGGCUGUAUGGAUGCGGUUACCCCCCAUCUGCCAGAGCUUGUUCCCUAUCUUAUUUCGCUUCUGAAUGACUCGCAGCCUGUCGUGCGGCAGAUUACUUGUUGGUGUUUGGGGCGAUACUCUGAAUGGGCAUCGCACCUCAACGACCCGGCGCAGAGGGCUAGCUUUUUCGAGCCGAUGAUGGAAGGUAUCCUUCGUAGGAUGCUAGACGGCAAUAAGAAGGUCCAGGAGGCAGCCGCGUCCGCUUUCGCCAGCUUGGAAGAGAAGUCAGAUGCCAACUUGAUCCCUUACUGUGAACCCAUCCUCCGACAGUUUGUCCAGUGCUUCGGGAAAUACAAAGACCGGAAUAUGUAUAUUCUGUACGACUGUGUCCAAACUCUGGCUGAGUGUGUUAUGGGAGAAUUGUCGAAGCCACACCUUGUCGACAUCCUCAUGCCUGCUCUUAUCGACCGCUAUAACAAGGUGUCGGAUCAGUCUCGGGAGCUCUUUCCGUUAUUGGAAUGCCUUGGCUACAUUGCUGCUGCGUACGGCGAUGCGUUUGCUCCCUUUGCCCCUCCUCUCUUCCAAAGAUGUAUCAAGAUCAUCUACGAGAACCUGCAAGAAUUUAUGGCUUCUAUCAACAACCAAGCUAUCGAGGAGCCCGACAAGGAUUUCUUGGUGACCAGUUUGGAUCUCCUCAGCGCGAUCAUCCAGGCGAUCGAUCCCCAGAAGAGUGGCGAGCUAGUAGCCAAUUCCCAGCCACGCUUCUUUGACCUCCUCUGCUUUUGCAUGGAGGACCCGAAUUAUGAGGUGCGUCAGUCGUCCUAUGCAUUGCUCGGCGACUGUGCCAUCAACAUCUUCGCGCAACUGGAGCCUUUCAUCCCCAACAUUAUACCGACCCUUAUCAAGCAGCUUGAUCUGGAUUUAAUUAAAGAUGAUGAUCGUCACACAGGCUUCAGUGUGCUGAACAACGCCUGCUGGUCCUGUGGAGAAAUUGCAGUCAACGAAAAGGCGGCCCUGUCACCUUACGCCGACAAGCUGUACCAGGGCUUAUAUGUCAUCAUCAACAACGAGGAGAUCAUUGACUCCGUGAAUGAAAACGCUGCAAUGGCCUUGGGAAGAUUGGGAAUGUGCUGUUCCGAUCAACUUGCCCCUCGCCUCGGUGAGUACGCGGGCGCGUUCUUGAAAUCUAUGAAUAAGAUUGAAUUUACGCGGGAGAAGGCUUCCGCGUUCCUGGGAUUCAACCAAGUUGUCAUGAAGAACCCACAAGCCAUGGAAGCCAGCCUUGCGGAUUACUUCCAGGCGAUCGCCGCCUUCCCUACCAAGUCUCUCCACCAGGACGAUUACCGUGAUAUUCAGAGCUCAUUUCAGCAGCACAUCUCGACAACCGCCCGCGCCUCGCCUUCAACACACGCUCCUCGACUCGAUCAAUCGCAACCACAGCGAGAGAAUCAAUCAUUCGCAAUGGAUUCCGCCAAGGCCCCCGUUAAGCUCGUGAAGGUGACCCGCGUUCUCGGCCGUACCGGCUCUCGCGGUGGUGUGACCCAGGUCCGUGUCGAGUUCAUGGAUGACCAGAGCCGUUCCAUCAUCCGUAACGUCAAGGGCCCCGUCCGUGUCGACGACAUCCUCUGCUUGCUCGAAUCCGAACGUGAGGCCAGACGUCUGCGCUAA